AUGGAAAAGAAACGUGAUGAAGCAGUUGUGCUUUCCUUGGACGCAUCGGCCCGUGAGGAUUUGAGGAUCAAUGUGGAAAAUGUCACACUCGUGAGCAAGAACAUUUACAUGUUCAUGGAGCUGAAAAAUGAUUGGUUUUUACUGUUUUUGGGCACUUUCUCAUCAAUUGUUUUGGCUGCUGCACCUUCUGGAAUGACUGUGUUAAUGGGAUUAAUUUUCACUCAGUUACAGAACUAUUUUAGAGGAGAUUACUCGUCAUUGGGAGCAUAUCUAGCUGAUGCAAGGUUGAGCUGUUUCUCCCUAGUGUUGGUAGGAUUAGGCUCGUUUAUCUUCAGUUUCCUCUCGUUUGCAUGUUAUAUGCAAUUGGGUGAAAGACAGCAGUCGAGAGUCAGGAAAAGAAUAUUUGAGUCUCUAUUGUUCAACAGUAUUUCCUGGCAUGAGGCCAAUAAAGAACUUAAUGGGGAACUGGUGCAAAUAAACAGAUGCAUCGAGGAACUGCGUAUUGGCGUUAGUAUAUGUACAGGUCUGGCAAUUCAAGGGAUUCUUUCGGUUCUAGCAUUGUUGAUCACUAGCUUCAUUUAUUCAUGGUCACUAACAUUUGUCAUAAUUAGUACUCUUCCUGUAAUGUUUAUUGUAGUGAUGUUUAUGUCAAGAACAUUGACCAAGCAUACUACCAGAGAAAACGAUGAAUCUAGUUAUGCUGCUAAGAUCGUGGAUUGGGUUGUUAGAUCCCCUAUCAUUCCAAAAAUCUGCAAUGCUCAGACAAUUGAAUAUGAAAAAUUCAAAGACAGAGCGUCUCGUAGUAUGAAUGCCUCCAAUAAAGCCCUGGUUACAAAUGCAUUGAACCUUGGAGCUCUCAAGUUUUUGACCCUAAUGAUGUUCGUCCAAGGAUUCUGGUAUGGAUCUACAAUGGUUAGAAAUGGAAGGCUGUCCGCAGGCGACGUUGUAACAUGCUUUGGUUCAAGCUUGAUGUUGGCACAAACUAUCAGUGGACUGAGUGAGCAGAUUAUUGUUUUCCAGGAAGCUAUCGUAGCAUUGAACAAGGUGGUAGCAGUUUUAGCUAAACCUUGUCAAUCGUUCAGUAGUAAUGAACAUUUGAUCAUUCCUCCCUAUUGCAAGGGAGACAUUUUCUUCAAGAACGUAUCAUUUGAAUAUCCCACAAGAAAGGGUAGAGUUUUGGACGAAGUCUCUAUUGAAAUACCUGCCGGAAAACAUUGUUUCAUUGUGGGCAAGUCAGGAUCUGGAAAGUCUACACUGUCAAAUUUGCUGGUCAAAUUUUACAGCGCCAGCCAGGGAAAAGUCUUUGUAGAUGGCUACGAUAUUGAGCGUGUGAGUAAUGAUUGGUUAACCAAAAACAUCACAUUAGUUCAGCAAAGUUCCUCUUUUUUCAAUGAUACCCUUAGGGCCAACAUUUUGCUUGGUUCAGGGGGUAAACCAGUCUCAGAAAGAGAUUUGAGAAGUGCUAUUGAUACUGUUCUUUUAUCUCAAUUUAUUGAUGACCUCCCAGAAGGCUUGGAAACGGUAAUGAUGUACCAAGGCAUCAGCCUGAGUGGAGGUCAGGAACAGAGACUGGCCAUAGCUCGGGCACUCAUUAGAGAUACACCAAUAUUGAUUUUGGAUGAAUGUGUAAGCGCAUUGGAGGAGUCAUUCAAGUCAAUUAUUCUAAAUUCAAUCAAAGAAUGGAGACAGGGAAAAACAACUAUAUUCAUGGAACAUGAUUACCAGCAAAUCCAAAACGAAGACAAUAUCAUAUUUAUGGAGAAUGGAGAGGUGAAAGAAACAGGAACAAAAGAACAACUGCUAAAGAACCCAGACAGUAAGUUUUCACGUUUAGUGCAGAUCCAACGAAAUAUGAUAAAAGAUACCUUCAGUGAUGAAUAUGAGUCGUCUAUACGAUUGGAGACGAACCCAACAGAUAGAAUUUCAAACGUCUAUCUUAACAGAGUAACGAGAGUUUUUUCGAAUUUCUUUGGCCAACCAGUUGGUCAUAUUGCUGAAAAGGAUCCAUUCGAUGAGAAAAAGGUUUCAUCUGACACUGUUGAGAUAGUCACCAUGGAAGAAAGACCAGAGGAUCUGAUGUCAAUCAUCCAAAUUUUCAGAUUUAUGAACAGCUACCUCUGUCAUAAGUCGUUGAUCGUAGUCGGUAUUCUACUGGCAGUUUUGAAUGGCUCUUGCAAUCCAGUUUUUUCUUGGUGUUUUGCUAAACUAUUGGCUGGCAUAGUACCAGUCGAUUCCUAUGUUGGGAGUGCAAGAUACCUUCUUAAGUGGGCAUUACUAGUGAUUCUGGUGAUCUCAAUGGAUACUCUAACUUUAGUUACCAAAAAGAUUGCCCUUGGUUAUGCCUCGGAAAAAUGGAUUUAUUUGAUUCGAACUAGAGCUUUAAAGAAUCUUUUACUGCAAGAUAUGAACUGGUUCUCAAAUAAGUUGAAUAAACCAGCAGAAAUAUCAGCACUCUUAGUGAACGACUCUAGAGAUCUCAAGAUCUUGGUAUCUAGUCUAUUGGAAGUUAUGUUCACUGGCAUUGUUGUUCUUGUGCUUGGUUCAGUCUGGUCAAUAACAAUUGGCUGGAAACUAUCUUUAGUGGCCAUAUCCGUUGUUCCUUUGUUCUUACUUAGUGCAACACUGUAUGCCCGCCUUUUGGAGACAGCAGAGAAUGGGUACAAAAAUGAGGUGGCCCUUACAGAGAAUCAAGUUCAUGAGGCAACUACAGGAAUCAAGACGAUCAGAUGUCUGAAGCUGGAGUCACAUUUUGUCAGUAAAUUUUCAGCAAAGGUGGAAGCACUACAAGGUAAAGGAACGAAACGAGCAAUCUAUAUUGGAUUUGGGAAUGCGUUAUCUCUUUUCCUAGUAUAUGUUGCUCAAGCAGUUAUUCUUUACUAUGGGAUGAAACUUGUUUCUGAAGAACAGUACACAGUAUCGCAAUUAAUGGAAGUCAUGAGUUUGAUGAUAUUCGCAUUAAUGGGGGUCUCAGAUUUGAUGCAACAGAUACCAGACAUCAGCAGAGGGCAAAGAGCAGGAACAUAUCUUAUAAGGUUACUAGGACUCAAAAGUUCCCCUGUGGAGGUCAAAGGAAAUCUCAAACCCCAGUGCAGAAGUUUAGUACCAGUAAUUGAGUUUGUGGCUGUUGACUUCCAGUACCCACAUGUUUCGGCAACAGCUUUAAACAACAUAUCAUUUAGAGUCAGCAAAGGUGAAGUGCUUGGAAUCGUUGGACCGUCCGGAUCUGGAAAAUCUACCAUCGCCAUGCUAAUAAAUAGGCUCUUCUUUGCCAAAAAAGGGUGCAUUAGGUACAAUGGCGUCAACAUAAAAGACAUUGAAGUUCCAUGGUUCAGAGAACAAGUCACCCUAAUCCAACAAAAACCAACAUUCUUCGAUGGUUCCAUCAGGGAAAACCUGGCUUAUGGAAUGGAAGGAAUUACUGAUCGUUCGAUAUUACGGGCCUUGAAACUGACAAUGAUGGACGAUUACGUUAGAAGCUUGCCCGAGGGAUUAGACACUUUUAUCGGCAGUUUGAAUUCAGUGAUCUCAGGUGGGCAGUCUCAAAGGUUGUCUGUAGCAAGGGCAAUAUUGAGGGAGCCAAGAGUGAUUGUAAUGGAUGAACCAACAUCGUCUUUAGAUCCUGAAAAUACCCAGGGGAUCAAGGAUCUCGUGGAUAAGCAAUUGAGGGCGAGUGGCUACACUGUGAUAAUUGUGACACAUUCUCAGGAGCUGAUGAGGAUUUGCGAUCGGAUUUUAACCAUAGAACAUGGUAAAUUGGUAGGUUAG